AUGACACCAGGACCCAAGACAGGCGUCGAGCAGCCGCAGCUGGGCCGCGUGCUCGUCAUCGGCGGGUGCGGCUUCCUGGGCCACCACGUCGUGCGCCUGCUGCUGCGGGACUGGAGCUGCAGCUUCGUGUCGGUAAUGGACCUGCGGUGCGAGCGCAACCGCCGCCCGGCCUCGGACGGCGUCGAGUACGUCGAGGCCGACAUCACCGACGCCGACAACCUGCUCAAGGUCUUCGCCCGCCUCGCGCCCGACGUCGUCAUCCACACCGCCUCGCCGCCUGCCCAGGGCGCCGCGGGAAUCACGCACGAGCUGUUCCGCCGCGUCAACGUCGAGGGCACGCGCGCCGUCAUCGCCGCCUGCCAGCGCACCGGCGUCAAGGCUCUGGUAUAUACGAGCUCCGCCAGCGUCAUGGGCGACAAUGCGUCCGACCUCGUCAACGCGAACGAGGACUACCCCGUCAUUCGCGGCAAGGCGCAGACCGAGUACUACUCAGAAACCAAGGCCGAAGCCGAACAGCUCGUCCUCGCAGCAAACCGCGCCGAGCCCUCGCCCUCCCUCCUCACGACCGCGAUCCGGCCCUCGGGCAUCUUCGGCGAGGGCGACAUCCAGCUAGUCCACCACGCAGUGAACGUGUACCGCGAGGGCAAGGACAAAAUACAAGUCGGCACCAACACGAACCUCUUCGACUUCACCUACGUCGAGAACGUAGCGCACGCGCACCUGCUAGCCGCGCGCGCCCUGCUCGUAACACACGCCAAAUCACAAGCCAACGAGACCAAGCCCCUAGACUACGAGCGCGUCGACGGCGAGGCCUUCAUAGUGACCAACGGCAGCCCCGUCUACUUCUGGGACAUGAUGCGCGCCAUCUGGCGCGCGGCAGGGUCGCCCCGCGGCACCGACCACGUCUGGAUCCUGAGCCGCGACCUCGGCCUCGUGCUCGGCUUCCUCAGCGAGGUCGCUUUUGGUAUACUCCGAAAGCCGCCCACCUUCAACCGCCAGCGCAUCGUCUACUCCUCCAUGACCCGCUACUACGACAUCGCCAAGGCCAAGCGCCGCCUCGGCUACGCGCCCCUCGUCUCCCUGAGCGACGGCGUCAAGCGCACCGUGCGGUGGACGCUCGAGCAGGAGAAGGCCACGGCCGCGAAGUCAUGA